AUGUGUAAAGCGGGAUUUGCCGGAGAGAACAAUCCGCGGUCUGUUUUCCCGGCGUUGAUUGGACGUCCUAAGCACCCACCAGCCAUGGUGCUUGGAUACGAGCCGACAGAUUUUUACAUCGGAAAUUCAGCCCGGAAUAUGCGGGGGAUUCUCAGCUUGAAAUAUCCCAUCGAACAUGGCAUCGUCACAGACUGGAACGACAUGGAAAAGGUCUGGUGGCACGCCUUCGUUAACGAGCUCCGGGUAAAACCGGACGAGCAUCCGAUGCUUUUAACGGAGGCCCCCUUGAACCCGAAAGCUAAUCGAGAGAAAAUGGCGGAAAUCCUGUUCGAAUCAUUUCAGAUUCCCGCCAUACACGUCGACAUCCAGUCUAUACUUGCAUUGUAUGCUUCCGGUCGUACCACGGGGACUGUUAUUGAUAUUGGCGACGGAGUUACUCACAUUGUGCCUAUUUGCGAGGGUUACACGUUUCCGCAUGCUAUCACCCGUGUUAAUUUAGCUGGACGCGAUUUGACCGACCACCUUGUGCGCAUUCUCUCAGAACGCGGUUACAUGGUCCGAACCAGUGCCGAAAAAGAUAUCGCCCGUGAAAUAAAAGAAAAACUAUGUUACGUAGCGCUUAAUUUUGACAAAGAGUUGGCAUUGGCCAACGAUGAAGAAUAUUCUUCUCUAUUUGAAAGGUCGUACCGGCUACCCGACGGGCAGCUCUUGAAAAUCAGCUCUGAGAGAUUCCGGGCCCCCGAGGCCAUUUUCCAACCGUCCAUGGUCGGCUCGGAAGCAGACGGCGUUCAUGUGAAUCUUUACAAGUGCAUCACUAAGUGCGACAUUGAUAUGAGAAGGGAACUGUAUGGUAAUAUUGUCCUGUCCGGUGGGACGGUCAUGUUGCCCGGAAUCGAAGAACGCAUGCGGACGGAGGUGUCGGCCCUGUGCCCUGCGGCCGUCAAGGUGAAGAUCAUCGCUCCCGCCGAGCGGAAAUUCUCCGUCUGGAUCGGUGGGUCGAUACUGGCGACUUUGCCCACCUUUGAACAGAUGUGGAUCAGUAAACAGGAAUAUGAAGAGAACGGCUCGGCCAUUGUUCACACCAGAUAA